AUGAUGAUGUUGGGAUGGAACUGGGGUGGCACCAGAAUAACACAGGGGUGGCAUUGGGAUGGAACCAGAAUGGUGUUGGGAUGGAACUGGGAUGGCAUUGGGGUGGUAUUGGGAUGGCACCAGAAUGGCACCAAAAUGGGAUCAAAAUGGUGCCAGAAUACAGGGAUGGCACUGGAGUGGCACAGCUACGGCAAUGGGAUGGAACUGGGACCAGAAUAACACUGGGAUGGCACUGGGAUGGAACCAGAAUGGCGUUGGAAUAACACAGGGAUGGCAUUGGGGUGGCACCACAAUGGUGAUGGGAUGGAACUGGGAUGGCACCAAAACGGCACCGAAACGGGAUCAAAAUGGUGCCAGGAUGACACAGGGAUGGCAUUGGGGUGGCACCAUGGUGACAUUGGGGUGGCACUGGGGUGGCAACAAAACAGAACCAAAAUGGGAGCACAAUGACACAGGAAUGGCACUGGGAUGGCAUUGGGGUGGGACUGAGAUGGCACCAAAAUGGGACCAAAAUGGCACAAGAAUAACAGGGAUGGCAUUGGGGUGGCACCAGAAUAACACUGGGCUGGCACUGGGAUGGCAUGUCUCCAUGUGUCCCUGGGGUGUCCCCAACACAUCCUCCAUGUGUCUGCAAUGUGUCCCUGAUGGGUCCCCAAAAAGUCCCCAUCGUGUCCUCAAUGUGUCGCUAACAUGGCCCUGGUGUCCCCAAUAUGUGCCCCAUAUGUCCCCAACGUGUCCCCAUCACAUUGUCAGUGUGUCCCCAACAUGUCCCCAAUGUGUCCUCCUGUGUGUUCCCAACAUGUCCCCAGUGUGUCCCCACUGUGUUCCCAUGUCCCCUGUGUGUCCUCACUGUGUUCCCAAUGUGUCCCCAGCAUAUCCUCACCGUGUCCCCAGUGUGCCGUCACUGUUUCCCCAGUGUGUCCUCAGUGUGUCUCCAACAUAUCCCCAAUGUGUCCUCCUGUGUGUCCCCAACAUGUCUCCAGUGUGUCCCUGCUGGAUCCCCAGCAUGUCCCCAAUGUGUCCCCUGUGUGUCCUCAAUGUGCCCCCGAUGUGUCCCCAGUGCAACAUCAGUGUGUCCCCAGCAUGUCCCUGUUGUGUCCCCAACAUAUCCUCAGUGUGUCCCCAGUGUGUCCUCAACGUGUCCCCAACAUGUCCCCCAUGUAUCCCUGAUGUGUCCCCAGUGUGUCCCCAACAUAUCCUCAGUGUGUCCUUGAUGGAUCCCCAGCAUGUCCCCAGCGUGUCCCACUGUGUCCCCAGCGUGUCCUCAAUGUGUCCCCAAUGUGUCCCCAACAUACCCUCAGUGUGUCCCCAGUGUGUUCCCAGCAUGUCCACCAUGUGUUCCUGAUGGGUCCCCAAUAUGUCCCCAUCCAUGUCUCCAGUGUGUCCCCAUCAUCCUCUGUGUGUCCACAUGUCCCCAAUGUGUCCCCAGUGUGUUCCCAAUGUGCCCCCAUCACGUCCUCUGUGUGUCCCCAACAUGUCCCCAAUGUGUAAUCAAUCAAUGUGUCCCCAACCUGUCCCCAGUGUGUCUCUCAUGGAUCCCUUGAAUGUCCCCAAUGUGUCCCCUGUGUGUCCUUAAUGUGUUCCCAAUGUGUCCCCAAUGCAUCAUCAGUGUGUCCCCAGCUUGUCCCUGUUGUGUCCCCACCAUAUCCCCCAUGUGUCCCUGAUGAGUCCCCAAUAUGUCCCCAAUGUGUCCCCAGCAUGUCCUCAUGUGUCCCUGAUGGAUCCCCAGCAUGUCCCCAGUGUGUCCCCCAUGUGUUCCCAUCGUGUCCCCUGUGUGUCCUCAGUGUGUCCCCAACAUGUCCCCCACGCAUCAUCAUGUCCCCAAC